CGGGCGUCUGUGAGGGGCCGGCGCGGCGGGAUGGCUGUGAGGGGACGCCCGAGUGGGGUGGCCGUGCCCGGGGCUGUGAAAGGACUCCUGAGGGGGAGCGGCCGGGCCGUGGGAGGAGCGCGGCGGAGCCGGAGCCCCGCAGCUGUGAGGGAGGAGGCGGGGGCCGCUGGGGGCGAUGGCGGCCGGGCGGGCCGUGUCCCCGCCCCGCGGCGCUCUCCCCGCACCCGCCCGCCCUCCGCCGCCGCUGCCAUUGGGAGCCGAGCCGCGCCGAGCCCAGGCAGCCGCCGGUCCCGCUCCGCCGCCAUCGCCAUGAGCUUCUUGUUUGGCAGUCGCUCUUCCAAAACCUUCAAACCAAAGAAGAAUAUUCCCGAGGGGUCUCACCAGUACGAGCUGCUAAAACAUGCCGAGGCCACGCUGGGAAGCGGCAACCUCCGGAUGGCUGUGAUGCUUCCAGAGGGGGAAGACUUGAAUGAAUGGGUUGCAGUGAACACUGUCGACUUCUUCAACCAGAUCAACAUGCUCUACGGAACCAUCACGGACUUCUGCACAGAGGAGAGCUGCCCUGUCAUGUCUGCUGGCCCAAAGUACGAGUACCACUGGGCAGACGGCACCAACAUCAAGAAACCCAUCAAGUGCUCUGCUCCCAAGUACAUCGAUUACCUGAUGACCUGGGUCCAGGACCAGCUGGAUGAUGAAACGCUGUUUCCUUCAAAAAUAGGCGUACCAUUCCCAAAGAACUUCAUGUCAGUGGCCAAGACAAUUCUCAAGCGUCUCUUCAGAGUUUAUGCUCACAUCUACCACCAGCACUUUGACCCCGUGAUCCAGCUGCAGGAAGAGGCACACCUUAACACUUCUUUCAAGCACUUUAUCUUUUUUGUUCAGGAAUUCAACCUUAUUGAUAGAAGAGAACUUGCACCACUUCAAGAACUGAUUGAAAAGCUCACCUCCAAGGACAGAUAAAAGGAAGAGGACUUCUUGAAGUCACUUGUUUCUUUAAGCAAGCGUGUGGUAUUUGUUUUUUGUUAAUUUGUUUUUUUUUUAAAAAAAAACAA